GAGCUGCAGCAAUUUGUGUGCGCUCUGAACUGGAUGAGGACAUCACUUCCGUCGUUUAAAAAACUGGUUGACCCGCUGGUGAAAAUGAUGGAGGCAGUCUACGAGCGCACAGGGGGCCGUAAGAAAACGCAAAUGCGCGCGGUUAAACUGGCUGAUGUGGGGUGGGGUGAAGCGGAGGUCGCUUGCCCGGAGCGUUGCAAACUCGCACUGAAGAAUGCACUUCAGCUGGCACAUCCGGAGCCAGCCAAGUUGCUCACCGUGCACACUGAUGCCAGCGACGAGCACUGGGGGGCGGCAACCACUCAGAUUCCCCGUGACCAUGCAACACGGGCAAUUAGCGAACAAGAGCACGAGCCGUUGAUGAUGCUCAGUGGAUCAUUCUUAGGAGCAGCGCGAAGGUGGGCCAUAGUCGAAAAG